AUGGAGGACAGACGAAGCCGACCGCAGCUGCAGGGGCCGCUGCUUCAGGGUCCAGGAGAGAAGGCGGUGGCGACAGUAGCAGCAGCAGCGGCGGCGGCAGCUGCAGCAAAAGAUGCAGCCGCCGCAGCAGCAAACCCAAAGCUCCCACGCCGUCCUCCAGGUCCGUCUCCUGAGUUAAUUCGGCGGAAGUUGGAACAAGUCAUGAGCAGCCGUGAAGUCUUCAGGCGAAGUGCCUCUGCAUCCUUCAGGCAGUUUGAUUCGCGGAACUGUGGUCAUCUUCGCUUUUCGGAGGUCGCAGCACUCGUCAGUCGCCUCUGUGUGAACUUGCAACUGCCCCCAGUAGACGAAAAGGCACUACGGCAAAUCUUCAAUGCUUUCGAUUCUUCGGGCAGAGGUUUCUUAGAGCUCGAGGAUUUCUGCAGAAUGUAUUGGGAAAUUCUUUCUCGUGUCCGUGAAAAAUAUUACCCAGAAAAAACUAUGAAAGUCCGUCGCUCCCUCUUCGUCGGGCGCCGAAACUUAGCACAAACAGGACUUGCGAUCACAGAUCUGUUUACGUUUGUAAAGAAGCUGGGCUCUGGUUCCUUCGGAGAUGUUCAUCGAGUCAUUGAGAAAAGUAGCGGUCUGGAAAGGGUAAUAAAGACGAUUAACCGCGACAGGAGUCAAGUGCCUCGCGAGCAGAUUGAAGCGGAGAUUGAAGUGUUGAAAUCGUUGGACCAUCCCAACAUUAUUAAAAUAUUCGAAGUCUUUGAGGACUAUCACAAUGUGUACAUCGUUAUGGAGACAUGUGAGGGAGGAGAGCUGCUGCAGCGCCUCGUUGAUGCAGAGAGUCGGGGCAGCGCUCUGACGGAGAAGAGCGUCAGCGUUAUCAUGAGACAACUCAUGAAUGCUCUCGCCUACUUCCACAGUAAACACGUGGCUCACAAAGACCUGAAACCUGAAAACAUUUUGUUCCAAGACAAAUCCCCCGACUCCCCCAUCAAAGUAAUCGACUUUGGCACUGCGCUGUACAUGGCCCCAGAAGUCUUCAUGCGCAACGUUUCCCUUAAAUGCGACGUCUGGUCUGCUGGAGUCGUGAUGUACUUCUUGCUGACGGGUUGUCUUCCUUUUACGGGUGCCAGUAUUGAGGAAGUCAAAUACAAGGUUUGUAAUUGCGAACCACAUUAUUCACGGGAAUGUGCGCAUCUGACUAAAGAAGCAGUAUCGCUCAUUAAGUGGAUGCUUGUCAAGCCGGAACAAGAUCGCCCGACAGCAACGGAAGUCUUAAAACAUCCCUGGUUCAAACAGGCAGAUUUGAAAGACAUCCAAAUAUCCCCCAUCAUAUGCGAGAACAUGAAGAAAUACAUGCGGCAGUCGCAUUUGAAGAAUGCGCUAGUCAACUUGAUGGUCCACCAGCUAAAUGUAACGGGACCUCAAAUCCGUCAGAUUAACGAAAUAUUCCGCAAACUGGACAAAGAUGGCGAUGGGACAAUAUCUCAUUGCGAAUUGACUGAAGGUCUUGCCCAGGUUGGGCUUCCCCAGUGGGACAUCAACAGGAUCAUUCAAUCUAUUGACGUCGACGACUCAGGAAACGUCUCGUAUACAGCAUGUUACUCAUGGAAAGAAUCGGAGCUCAACGUUAUCUGGACUGCUUUUCAAAAGAUGGACAAGGAUGGAGAUGGGAAGAUCUCUGUCCCGGAAUUUGAAGCAGUUCUUGGUGGAGACGAUUACCGUUUAGUCCCAAAGGAUACAAUAAAGGCACUCGUUGCCCAGAUAGACAAGAAUGGUGAUGGCCAGUUUUUGGCUACGCCACACGAAGAGUACCGCUGCUGCGACCUUCGUGUUUUAGCCACGAGGUCCUCCAGUUGCCGUUUGCCGCUCACUUGUUUGUAUGAUGCUCACUGUAUCGCAAUUGUUUACCUGCCUUCGCCAAUUCGGCGUAGUCUGCUGGUCACCGGGCCUGUCAAGAUGAGGCAACGCCAACCCACCAAUUCAAAGGCCUUCGAAAGCUCCUCGGAGCCGCAUGAAAAUCCGGGUGAGCCUGAAGACACGGGAUCCCGUAAUUCCAGGAACAAUUCGCCACGGCCGGGGGGGCGACAGGACACUGACUACACGCCUGGUGGUAUGCCAGCUGGGCAACAACGUGGUCUGCCGCCCCUCCCAAGAACUCAACAGCAAGGGUCCGCAGCAGCAUUUGUCCCUGAACGAAAUCGCCGAACCAAUAAGAAAAAACCUACUUUACCAGAGCGCCUGCGCAACGUGAACAUCGAACCUUCUCAGUCUGUAUCACAACCAUCCCAACACCAAUCGAGGAAAAAUUCAUUUAAGCCAAAUGAAGCAAAUACCUCCAACACACAUGUGGAGGCCCACGAAGAUUACCCAUCCUCACAUUUCCAACCUUAUUCCUCUGAUGAGCAGAAUCACGCCGAUUCACAGAAGCGGGAAUUUCUCUCAUCCUUGGAAUAUCCAGCUUGGCAAGCUUAUGAGAAAGGAGAGCCUUAUGACUGCGUUGAGCGAGCAAGAAAGCAGCAAGAGAGUUCUGUUCCGCAACGGCCUUCCGGCUUGCGCCAAAUACCAGGUCACGGCAUUGGCCAAGUCGCCAGCCAUGACGCAGGCUCUGAAACACGCCAAGUCUCAGGCCAGCGCGUAGAAGAAGUUCUGACAAACAACUCGGGUGACAGUGCGGGCCACGAGGACGACCGUGCUUCCGACCACAACAUGGACGAUGCAGAAUUACCUUUGGGAAAUAUCGGACUCCAGGACUCAAACGGAGUUCUCACUCGCACCACUACCCAAGUCCAAGGCCAAACAUCAGUGCAAAUCCUACGUCGCAGCUCGGCACACACUAUAGGCCAUAGCUGGGGACCAGUCCCAGGCCACGGCAUCGGGCAAGUCCCAGCGCACCACAGCACCAGCGAAAUCGUGGGCCAUGGCGGUCGCCACGUACCAAGGAGGGGGAUGGGUGCACCCAAUGCAGAUGAAACGAGUUAUCCCCGCCAUCGAUUCAACCCACCGCAAGAAGCACACCAUGUGCAGUCAUACCAACCGCAACAUGUACGCAAAUAUCCUCCCCCAAUGGAUGACCAGCAACAUUUUCACGGCCCACGAUCGCAACAUGGGCACCCCUACAAGAGAGGCCACCAACAUCAGCCAUAUCGAAUGCAUCACCACUUUCCGCAGCAGUACUGGCGUCCAAUGUUCGUGGCACCUUUCAAUAGAGGAACUGUUCAGCAAAACCGCCCACAGAACAGAAGAGCUUUUCAGUUUGAUUGUUCGACCCCAGCAUUCGUUCCCCAGUUCCCAGGGAAUCGCCAACUUGAGCUUGAUAUUUUGGCCCAGACGCCAUGA